AUGGAAGCUAUUUACAUUAAAACAUUUGGCUUUUUGAAUUCUGCUGCAAAUCCUGAGACUCCAAACUCAACCAUCUCAAGAGAAGCCAGCACCCAGUCAUCAUCAGCCACAGCCAACCAAGGAUAUGUUUUACCAGAAGGCAGAAUCAUGCCAAAUACAGUCUUUGUUGGUGGAAUUGAUGUUAGGAUGGAUGAAACAGAAAUUAGAAGCUUCUUUGCUAGAUAUGGUUCGGUGAAAGAAGUGAAGAUAAUCACUGAUCGAACUGGUGUGUCCAAAGGCUACGGAUUUGUUUCGUUUUAUAAUGAUGUGGAUGUGCAGAAAAUAGUAGAAUCACAGAUAAAUUUCCAUGGUAAAAAGUUGAAACUGGGACCGGCAAUCAGGAAACAAAAUUUAUGUGCCUAUCACGCGCAGCCACGUCCUUUGGUUUUUAACCCUCCACCAGCACCGCAGUUUCAUAGUGUCUGGAGUAAUCCAAACACAGAGACCUAUAUGCAGCCUCCAGCUAUGAUGAACCCCAUCACUCAGUAUGUCCAGGCAUAUCCUCCUUAUCCCAGUUCACCAGUCCAAUUCAUCACUGGAUAUCAGCUGCCUAUAUAUAACUAUCAGGUACCUCCACAGUGGCCUGCUGGGGAGCAAAGGAGUUAUGUUAUACCUCCGGCUUAUACAGCUGUGAAUUAUCACUGCAGUGAAGUGGACCCAGGAGCUGAAGUCCCGCAGACAGAGUGCUCUGUCCAUGAGGUCACACAGCCCUCCGGGAAUAGCCAGCAAAAGAAAUCUGUGGACCGAAGCAUACAGACAGUGGUGUCCUGUUUGUUUAAUCCAGAGACAAGGCUGAGAAAUGCUCUUGUCACACAAGAUGACUACUUCAAGGACAAAAGAGUACAUCACUUUAGAAGAAGUAGGGCUGUGCUUAAAUCCGUUUGA